GCAUGCUGCAUCGCAGGUGCAUGAUAGUUUCGCUAGGUCUAGGGAAAGCCGAAGAACUUUACAAGAACAUGUAAAUAUUGAUCUUAUUAAUGUUUCAGAAAUGUUCAUAGCCUAUCAAUGUGAAUAUUAGGAUACAGGUGCCACAUGUUAACGAAAAUGAUGGAAUCCACGUGAGGAUUGUCGCCAACUGUGCUGGAGCCUAAAAGCACCAUGGAAGCAGAAGCUCAACCUAGUGUGGUUGAUGGGUCAGAGGUCAAGGAUGAGGUCAAAGGUGAAGAGGUGACAGACGAUGUGGAAGUGACCUUAGAGCAACGUGUUAGUGGAGAUGAGGAUGUAAAGACAGCUGAAGAUGCAGGAGUAAGUGAAGAUCAAACCACGCUGCAAGGUGAUAAGGGAGCAGGGGACUCUCAUCCAAAUGAAGAGACUGAGAUAACUGCAGAACAAGCCGAGAGAGACAUACAUGUAGAUGGAAAUGAAAGGGAAGGUGAACGGGAUGAUGCAAAUGAUGAGGGAGAAACUGAGGUGAAAAGUGAGGACAAGUUAGAGCAAGGAGAAAUCCAUAUAGCAGAUGAGCUGAGAAGGUCAAGGAAGGAAGAUGAGGGGGAUGAGGUAGUGUCUUCUAAAGUGACCACAGUGUCCUUUGCAAGUGAAGUCCAAGUCCUGAAUGAAGAUGAGCUUGAGGAGCAGUGGACACCGACUGGAGGGGAUGAUGAUGGUGGUGUGGAUGCUGAUAAGGGAGAUGAUGACACUGGAGGUAUCGUUGAACCUGAGGACAACAAAACAGAGGCCGUUGGGAGCUCUACCAACAUGGCAAGAGCAGAAGAUAGACAUCAUUCAGAAGAAGAAGUUUCAGCAGCACAAGACAGCAAUGAACUUGAAAGCAUUCCUGGAGCUACACCUCAAGCAGGUGAGCAGGAGCAAUCUGACUUGGAUACUGCUGAAAAUGUUGCUUCCAUGGAGGAAGCAGUUCCUGAUGUUGAGAAGGCUUCAGAAGAAGUUGACAUAGUCACGACAGAGCAGGGUCAAGCGGUUGAAGAAGAGCAGCCUCUUCCAGAGACAGCACCUUCCGGGGAUGCGAGAGUGGUCACAGCUGAGCAGAAUCUGGAGGCCAAACAAGGAGAAGAGGAUGGAGAUGAGAUAUUCGAUGAUAUCCCUGUACUCCAAGCUAUGGAAGAAACACGGAAAGAAACGGUCCAUGAAUAUGAGGAAGUUGUCCAUAGAAGUGUAAACUCGAGUGCUCCUCAGAUUACCCUGGAAGCAACUGUGGAGGACAACACAGAGCAGGUUAUUGCCGAGGUUGAAGGAACAGAGGAAGGAGAAGAGACUGAAACACAUGAGAAUGUUCCUGUUCUUCAAUCCGAAGAGGUCGAGGCUGAGAAUGCUUUUGUUGAAGCAGAAGCAGGUCUUCUAGCAGGUGCUCCUGAGGAUGUUGUGGAAGCAACAGUAAUGGAAGAAGCUACUAGUCAGGAACACCAUGAAUCAGGUAGCCAAGAGGCUGAAGAUAAUGUGUUGGGAGUAGAGGUUCAUAUGGAUGGUAACGGUGAUCAACAAGAAAAACUGGACGAUGGAAAAGAUGGAGCAGUGGACAGUCAUAUAGAACUUCACACGGAUGAUGCUUUACAGGACGAAAAUACAAAUUUUGAGGAAAACCAGGAUGAAAAUUAUACGCGAGACCUAACAUAUCCUUCAGAGUCUAUCCCAUAUGAGACAGAUCCCAACUUGUCUUCGGUUAACCAAGAAGAUGAUCCAACAACUGGUAACUACUCAGAGUAUCAACAACAACAACCGAUAUUAGCGAGUGAUUUUGAUCCGCUGCCUCCUAUAGAGCCAGAGAUGGUUAGGCACGAUAUUCUCCAACUACAAGAGGAGCGAAGGAUUGAAGGUCUCAGUCCCAUUGAACUCUUGACCCAAGCCAACCAAGCUCAUGGAAUAUUACCAUCCCCUCUCCGAUCUCCACAUCACCAGCAGCAUCCUAGGAGUGGCUCAAACUCAAAGCUAGAAUCAAUGAGCCGGGCGACAAGUCUGUCCAUGGUCCAGAUUGCUCGCAUCCCAUCGCCGCCUGCUCACGUCAAGGCCCAGAUGAUGAUAGAUGAAGAGAGAAGGGCGUCGACUAGAACAUCCAGUAGGCUGCCCCCGUCAGUGAUGAAGAUGUCUUCGGUCAUGGUCAAUGCUAGGAAAAAGGCAGUGAAGAACAGAGAUGCAAGUGUGUACUAUGAGGAGAGACAGUUCCACAAAACCAUAGGUCUGGACGAAGCCAUCAACAGCCGACCCCCAAUGCCCUUUGACCUUGAUACGCCUGGACCAUGUCUAUACUCUCCCAGAAACAAGCCUUUGUAUGAAGAUAAUGCUCCUGAAUAUUCCUUUGGCAUGAAGUUUCCUGAGAGAGCUGGUGGCGGACGCACAGCGUACUCCAAGACUUGGUUCAACAGUAACGACAACUACACGGUCAAGACAAGAUUUGAAAGAAGGUGGCCCUCACCCAACGCCUAUGGUAAAGGGAGAUCUAUGGUUGGUAGGAAGGUUCCUGAUAAGAAAGACUAUCCCUCAUUCAGCAUGAGAGGAAAAACAAACUUCAUCAUCAACAAAAGAGGGUCUGAGAAUGAGCCUGGACCAGACCAGUACCACCGUCAGAGAUCUGAUCCCUUACUCUUCCGUCGAGCUCCAGCCUUCAGUAUGGGGGCCAAGCUAGACCGGGGCAGGCUCUUUGGAGCACCUGAAAUCACGCCAGCCCCAAACUACUACAACCCUCACACCAAGUACACCUCACGAAAGGUCACCUACCCUGCAUUCACCAUCUCUGGCAUCAGAAAACCUAAAAGUCAUGCACUGGGGCCACAUGCCACACUCUAAGGGCUGGCCUGGAGGUGUCGUGGUACAGUGGUUCAUUCGCUCGACUCUCAAUCCAAGAGUUGAGGGUUCAAAUCACCUACCCCGUUUACACCAUCUCUGGCACCAGGAAGCCUAAAAGUCAUGCACUGGGGCCUCAUGCUACACUCUAGGGUGGUAAAGUGGUUCAUUCACUUGACUCUUACUCUUUUCACACUGGUUUUUGGCU